AUGUCUGACUCCGAUUCCGAUUCAGAUUUAAAUGUUUCACGUUAUGAUCCGGAAGAUAAUUUAAAUAUGUACGGUUCGCCAGUUUAUACGGAACAGCCUGAGAAUAACGAUAUUAUUGACGAGGAACAACCUGGGCCGUCGAAUGUUGUCCUUGACCGACCAAAUAGACGAAGUCAAGUAAGUUGAAUAUUUGUAUUCUUUGGAUGCGCUAAAACCUACAUUCAUGAAAUUCUGAUAGGUUUUUUGUCAAAUGCAUUAAAUAUUCUAAUCUGAAUUGUUGUUUUACGUUACAGUUCUGUAGCUGCAAGAACACUUGCAGUAAAGGCAGCGGCAGAAAGAAACGUGGUUGUCCUUGCCGUAACGAUGGUUUGCGUUGUGCCGACAUGUGCAAGUGUGGCACUAAAAAGGCGAGCUGCAAAAAUAAGGAUUGUGCAAGCGGCGAAGCUGAUCCCCAGAAUGCCAACGCUGGCCGAAAUGCCUUUGAACGCCACCAGAUCGCCGUGGAAGAAGCAAAACAACAAAUUACGGUGAGCGACUGAGGCUUGUACAUACACGAUACAAUAUUGUAGUAUGAUUCUCAAACUGUAUACUUGGGCCACAUGCCCCCAAAGUUACCUACAUGUGAUAAAAUUUUUGUAUUGUCACUGUUUACGUGCAUAACAAAGUACAUAUAUUGUAAUAGAAAUUCAUUGGCACACUGGAUGAAGGACAAAAGGACAGAGUUCUCCUAGAACUACUUUCAAAUGGAAAAGGGAGCUUGGAUUAUGCAAAGAAUAUUGUGGAAUUUGGUGGUAUUGUUCCUUCUCUACCUCCUACUAAGCCAUCCUGGUGCACUUGUGGUGUUUGCCGGCCAAUGCCCACUGAGGAGGAAAAUAAAUGCUGUGGUAAAAUCAGGUGUGUCACAUCAUUUGUAACAUUUCAGAACACUUGUACCGACAGAGAUGUUCUAGUCAUGGCAAUCAGAGGGCGGUGUGACAUCAGAGCCGAAGAACCCGAGUAUUCUACUAACAGUUUCAGAAAGGCUGCUUAUCGCCAAUACAUCUUGUGGAGAUACAAGAAAUUAGGAAGGGGAAAUAGAAGG